AUGCGGGCUUUCCUCAUAUCCCUGCUGGUGGGCUGCGCCAUAGGGGCGACCAUUGAGAGACCCGCUCGCCAGAUAUACGGGGCACGCAUCAGUUUGCAGCCGUCGUACCUUGUGCCGAGUGGGCCUGGACCUUGCAAGCCCUCUACGUUGUACAGAACGAAAGUUUUCUACUCUACGGUCGUAAUCCCCUCCACCGUCUACAACAACAACGUUCAGUUCAUAACCCAGACAGACUUCCGCACGCAGCAGGUCUUCACUACUCUCUUCUCGGACUUCGUGAGUACGAUAGUGGUGCCCUCGUUCACCUUCCAGACGGUGACGGUGACCCGCACCCAGGGCAACAUCCGCACCGAGACCAUCACUCUUCCAGGACAGGUCACCUUCGUCACACAGACGCAGGAGCAAGUGAGCACCAACGUCCAGUUCCAGACCAUCGUCACCACAGUGUCGCAGCAGGUGCCCACCACCGUCACCAGGGAUGUGGUGUCAACAGUUGUUUUCACACAGCAAGUAUUUAGCACCAUUUUCCAGUCGCAAACAGUGACCAGCACCAUAGAAAUUCCUGGACAAACCCGUACUGUGGACAGCACGCUGCUUAGCACCACUUUCUCCACCCUCGUGACAACAGGCCAGAACGUGUUCAUUACACAAACUGAAGUCAGGACCAACUUCAUUACCCAGACAAUCACACAACCAGGCCAAACCCAAUUCAUCACCUCCACCCAGAUCAUUCCCAUCACAAGCACGAUCUUCUCGCAAAUCGUGUCCACCAACACGCAGACGCAGUUCAUAACACGCACGCAGGUGCAGCAGCAGGUAACCACCGUCUUCAGCACACAGACCAUACCGUCAUUCAACACCAGAACUGUGACCGUUCCCACACAAGUGGUGCAGACCCAGAUAUCCACCCAGAAUGUGGGCUCCACCAUCGUCAGCCAGCAGGUGGUGCCCACUCUGGUCACUCUCCCGGGCCAGACGCAGAUACUCACCAUCGUCCGCACUGUGGUGCAGACUCAACAACAGUCUGGCCAGAUCAGAACCAUAUUCCAGACCCGAGUGAUUUACAACACCAACUUUGUGACCUCCACCGUCUUCAACCCCAAGUUCCACACAGUGACGGCUACGCGCACCGUACAGCCGUACUGCGACACAGGCUACCGGCGGACCACCUCAGGCUACAACCAUUACGGUCGCUAG